AGUGGCCAGGUGGGCCUCAAGCGCCACACCUGCCCGUUCUGCUCCAAGGGCUUCAACGACAAGUUCGACCUCAAGCGGCACAUCCGGACGCACACCGGGGUACGCCCAUUCAAGUGCAACCGAUGCGUCCGCGCCUUCACCCAGCGCUGCUCCCUGGAGGUCCACCAGCGCAAGGUGCACAACAUGCAGCUUAACUUUGCCUUCAAGCAGCGCCGGGGCAAGGUGUACGUGUGUGAGGACUGCGGCCACUCCACCGAGGACAUCAACCUGCACUACGCCCACUCGGUGCGAGCCCAUCGGGGCGGCGGUUCGCCCGGUUGGAGUGGACCAGGCAAGCCCUCCCAGCUGGCUCAGCUCUUAGCUGGGGUCGACGGAGUUCCGCCAAAUCCCUGUCCGGGCGCGGCUGAGCCAACCUUGCCGGUAAGGUGUGCACAAGACUUCAACCAGCCGACCCCGGUGCUGCCAAGAUUUGGGCCCGAGUGGAAUCACAGAGGAGGUAUGGAUUUGAUGUAA